AUGAGUUACGGUCGUCCUCCUCCCCGUAUUGACGGGAUGGUGUCUUUGAAAGUUGAUAAUUUAACUUACAGAACAACGCCGGAGGAUUUGCGCCGUGUGUUCGAGAGAUGCGGAGAAGUUGGUGAUAUUUAUAUUCCCCGAGACCGAUUUACCCGCGAAAGCCGUGGGUUCGCAUUUGUCAGAUUUUAUGACAAACGUGAUGCUGAAGACGCACUCGACGCAAUGGAUGGACGUCUUCUAGAUGGAAGGGAACUUCGUGUACAGAUGGCUCGUUACGGAAGGCCAACUUCACCUCACCGGAGCCGUGGAAGUCGCCGCCGAGGAAGAUCACGUAGUCGCAGCCGGGAUCGCCGACGGUCUCGUUCAAGAUCCAAGUCUAGGUCACGAAGCCGUGACCGUGACCGCAGACGUUCCUACAGCCGUAGUCAUAGUCGUUCCCGCUCGGAUAGCAAAAGCUCCCGAGGUAAAUCUCGCUCACACAGUAAAUCUGCCGAAAGAGAGAAUAGCCGAUCUAAGUCUAGGUAAU